AUGGGGAGAGGCCACAUAACCUUUAAAUGUCCAACAAAGAAGACCAUGUUGCUUAAGGAGAAUGGAGGUAUUACUGAUGGAUCAUUAUCUGAAUAUGCUCUAUCUAGUGAUGAAGAGAGUGAAGAAGAAGUUCCUAGAGGAGACUUGUUCAUGAUGAAGGAAGCUGCACUAAUGUUGUUAGGGAAGUAUGAGGAUACUAUUACCUAUGAUGUUGUGCUAAUGGAAGCUUGUCAUUUACUUCUUGGAAGACCAUGUCAGUACAAUAAAGAAAGAAAAGUUACUCUUACUCAUUUGUCUCCAAGAGAGUAUUUUGAUGAUGUUUUUCUCAAAGAGGUUCCUCAUGGCCUACAACCUAUAAGAGGUAUAGAACAUCGAAAUAAUCUCAUUCCAGAUGUUUCAUUGCCCAAUAGGAAAACAUAUAGGACCAAUCCCCAAGAGACCAAGGAAAUCCAAAGGCAAGUUGAAGACUUGGUGCAAAAGGGAUGA